AUGCGGUAUCGUUGGGGAGCAGACGGAGCACUGAUUGUGACAAAAGGAGAAACGACCGCCAUACUUACCUCAGCCGAUGACCCUGAGAUGUGGCUCCAGAGCCGAGAAAAGGAAGACACACCGGCCAAAGCGAGCACGAACAGCCACACCGUGGAGGAGAAGCGGAGCACUGGGGAAGGCAAACCACGGACCGUGCCUAAGAUACACAGACUAGGAGUCCGCAAAUUGUGA